AUGUCUAUGCCGUUUUUUUUCCUCCAUCCGGCCCCUCCCGAACGAUCCACCUCGUCAAGCAGCCCCUCACAGCUUGCUGAGCGAGGCGCCUCUAUUGCUGGGAUUGGCCCUCACGCCACCGCUUCCAGAGACCCCGCAAUGUCCGAGGAUGACAAGUGGGCUCCGAAGGAGAUGCAGUCCAGCGAGCUGGCGUGGUCUGACCGCACAGGCCCACAGAAAGUCCUUCACGUGACUGUGCAAUUCCUGAAGGCCGUGGUCGUUAUAGGCCUGUUGUAUGUAUUCAUCGUCUCCCUCGGCGUGAUGGGCAAUGCGUUUCAGAUAAUCGGGGGCCCAACGGCUGGUCGGACGUUCCGCAACAGCAAAAUUUUUGACAACCCAUUCGCGGGGUGUUCCCUCGGAAUCUUGGCCACUGUGUUGGUCCAGUCAUCGUCUACCAGCACUUCGAUUAUCAUUUCCAUGACAGCGGCCAUGCUGAUGGAGCCAGAGAACGCUAUCUACAUGAUCAUGGGGGCAAACGUUGGGACUUCGGUGACGAACACGAUUGUCAGCUUGUCGCAUGUGGGAGACAAGGACGAGUACCGUCGUGCGUUUGCGGGCGCCACAGUGCACGAUUGUUUCAAUUUGUUGACCGUGUCCUUCAUGCUGCCGUUAGAAUAUUUUACGCACGUCCUCUACCGCAUCGGGAAUGGCAUCGUGACAGCUGCUGGCAUCGAGGAGGACCAGCAGAAGGCGGCGAAAGUUGAUUUCAUCAAGAAGAUCACGUCGCCGAUCACCCAGCGCAUCGUGCAGCUCGACAAGAAGCUCGUGACGAAGGUCGCGGAGGCGGGAAGCCAGGAGGAGUUGGAUGAUCUAUUGGCUCAGUCCAUGAUCAAGAACUCGCGCACCACGAUCAACCACAUGUUCCUGGACACGCCCAUGAGCGACUCUUUAGCUGGCUGGCUGCUGCUAGUCGUCUCCCUCGUGAUGCUGUCGACGACUCUUAUCCACGGUGGCGGAUCUUGCUUGUGA